UUUUUUUUUUUUCGUCUUCACCAACUUAUCGUAACAAAAUUUUACAACAACUUGCCUCCCUUACCAGGAUUCGGAGGCGGCACCCUACAACCCCGUGUUAUAUUAUUGAGCUAGGUGCAAUUUGUUGUCUCCGUCUUUUUAUUUUUAUUUUUAUAUUUCUUUCCUAAUCUUUCUUUUCUGUUGGUCUUUCGCACACGAAGUCUAAUACAUUCUCGCUCAAGGCAGCCAACCAUGGCUCCACGCGAGAAAAGCCAACUAAAACGACCGAGGGAAUCCCCUCCUUCUAAGACCGACAAUGACCUUUCCAAGAAGCCUCGUCGGUCCGGCCGUUUGUCGCAGAAGGCAGAAAAUGCCGAACAGCUAAAAACGCCAGUCAUCACGAACAAGCAGCACCUACCUUCACCUGUCACUCAUGAAGCCGAAAGCGAUGACUUAUAUAAGGAAUCAACUGCUGAGCCUCCGGAUGGACGACCCAGUCAAGUCACCCACCGUACUCCCGAAGAAACCUUUUCUCAGCUUCAAAGAUUAUCCUCUCCUCCGCAAGACACCCAAGCUUUUCCGACUUCCCAAUACGUUGAAGGCAAUGGCGCUCUGUCUGAUGAAGUUGAGGAUGAAGAGAAGGAAGGUGUAUGGGGAUAUCUCUUCCCGUUAGACCCAAAACACGGUGGCAGAUGUGUGGUUUUGAAAAAACGUUCGACAUGUCCACGACCCAAUGAUGUCCCAGAUGCGCUAGCAAACGGGCAGUCCGGCCCAUCCGAUGCUAGUGCUCUAAAGCAGGAAGAGAAUUUCGAGAAGUCCAUGGUUAAGGGUAUACCGUCGGGUGGAUAUCUAAUUGGGCGACAUCCCGAGUGCGACAUCAUCGUAGAUGACCUAAUUGUUUCCAACCGCCACUGCUUAAUAUUCACCGAAAACAAGGGCGAUGACACAGUUGCUAUCCUCGAGGACAUGUCUAGUAAUGGCACUUUCGUAAACGAGGCCAUUGUCGGAAGGAAUCAGCGCCGCGAGCUACAGGAGCAGGAUGAGAUUGCAGUCAUGGACAAGGCCCGAUUCAUCUUUCGCUACCCCCGAAGUAGGGCUUCCAGCGCCUUUCUGCAGCAAUACACUCUCCUCGACCGCUUAGGCAAGGGUCAUUUCGCCGAGGUAUACCUGUGCGUAGAGAAGUCGACCGGCCAAAGAUAUGCUGUAAAGAUUUUCACGAAAAACCCUGGUAUAGAUGAGAGGUCGAAGACAGAUGGUCUGCAGCAAGAAAUUGCAGUAUUGAUGGGAGUCAGCCACCCUAACGUCCUGUGUCUGAAAGAUACUUUCAACGAGAAGAAUGCUGUGUAUCUGGUGCUCGAGCUUGCGCCCAAAGGAGAGCUGUUCAAUUACAUCGUAAUGAAGCAGAAGUUGAGCGAGUCGGAAACAAGAAAGCUGUUCAAGCAGUUGUUCCAGGGGAUCAAGUACUUGCAUGACAGAAAUAUCGUCCACCGAGAUGUAAAACCCGAGAACAUCUUACUAGUUGAUGACGAUCUUCACGUUAAACUUGCCGAUUUUGGUCUUGCUAAAAUCAUAGGCGAGGAAUCCUUCACGACUACUCUAUGUGGUACACCAAGUUACGUUGCGCCGGAAAUCCUGGCAGAAGGAAGGCAUAGAAAAUACACCAAAGCUGUCGACAUCUGGUCGCUUGGAGUUGUACUAUAUAUCUGUCUGUGCGGCUUCCCUCCUUUCUCAGACGAACUCUAUAGCCGCGAUUUCCCCUAUACGCUUUGUCAGCAAAUCAAGAGCGGUCGAUUCGAUUAUCCUUCCCCAUACUGGGAUUCGGUUGGGGAUCCAGCUUUGGACCUCAUUGAUCACAUGCUGGUAGUUGAACCAGAGAAACGCUUCACAAUUGACCAGUGCCUUAAUCAUCCGUGGAUAACUCAGAAGUCGCUAGGUGUUAACGACAGUACCGACGGGCUUGUGGCUGGGAUUGGAGGCCUUGAAAUGCAACGGAGAGGCGCGGUCCGAGAACGAACAUUGCUCAGUUCCAUUAACUCGGUACAAAUCGCCAAAGAGGUCCCUCGUAGCCCAGAUGCUAAGAAGAGUCCUAUCAAGGUGUUUUCCAAGAACCCUGCUGCUGAGCCGAACAAUGUACCUCAAAAAGAGCCUCGACCUGCGGACCAACGAGCUACGAAGGAAUUCAUGGAGAUGGGUGGCAAGGGCGACCAGGAACUGUUCGGUGAUGACGCAACAAGCUUCUAUUCCAAACCGGAAGCAGCAGCAGCAAAGGGCAAUAAGGCCCAAGGGAAGGGCAAGGCAAAGGGUAAUGGGAAAUGAUUAUGAGCGAUGGAAUCUGGGGUAAUAUAACUUUGGGUCAAGAACUUCGAGUCUGCUCAGAAGAUCUAUUAGAUGUCUGACGUA